CCGUGGCACGUUAUUCCUUGGACGUCAGCAAAUUUUGGGACACGGUUACGGCUCAAGUUUCAUAGGAUCGUCGCUUGCGUUUGUGUUCUUUUCCCUUUUGUGAACGAUUUACCGCCUCCACCACGCUUGAGCGGUAACGUCAAAAAUUGGCUCCUUUGGUUCUGUAAUUUUGUCCACAAUGUAUUAAUUUCAUUCCUGUUUCACCCCAUACUCAAUUGUUUCGCCUUGCAUGUGGGGGGCCGCCGAAACUUUGGACGGGCCCUUACGGCUUUUGUACUUUCUUACUUGGUGUGGAUUGUCUUGGUUCUUUACACGUGUCUUAUACCCAGACGUCUGUUCAUCUGGGAUCAGUGUGCAACACAAGCUAGACAGUGUGAUGCAUUUUAUGAAGGGGCCUUUAUUGUUACUCACCUUAUUUUCAGCCAUUGGUUUCUCUUGAUGGUUUUCUUUCAUUAUCUGUCGGCUAUUUUCACUAAUGCUGGGUCGAUUCCCGAAGUCUUACCACUGGAGCUUGCUCCAAUUGUCACCAUGUGUUAUCGAUGCACGGUUCCUCGUCCUCCGCGAGCUCACCAUUGUAACGUGUGUGGCGUCUGUGUGCUCCGCAUGGAUCACCAUUGUCCAUGGAUUGCCAACUGUGUAGGGUUACAUACUCAUAGACACUUUUAUCUGUCACUUCUUUUCAUGAGUGUUGGUGGUCUGUAUAUGGUCACUGUUGGUCGGGAAGAUUUUGUCCAGCAUUCAACAGAACUCCAACAGUCUUUGGAUUUGUCAUCAAUGGAUCCGCGUCCAUGGACACACUCCGGCAGGUCGGCCAUCAUGACUGUUCUUCAUAAACUAUCGUCAGUCUGCUUCCAGUUGGCACUGGUUGCCGUUCCCCUUGUCAUAGGUUUGUGCAUUUGGCAGUCCUACCUAAUCACUCGUGGAGAAACCAAUGUCGAGUAUCACAUCAAUGAGAGAUUCCGACAGCGUCUUCGAAGACGCGGACUAUUGUACCGCAAUCCGUAUGACUUUGGCCCAAAAGCAAAUUGGUUGCAUUUUCUAGCUCUGUACAAUCCGGGCGAAUUUCCUCGCAUCCUCGUCCCCUCCUUAGGCACACUCGUUCGCCGGUUUUUAAUGCGAGUUUUACUCCCUUCGCGAACGAUUUUAUGUGAAAAUGGUUUGGACCAUAAGCUAAACAUUCCAACUGUGCAAUCUGUGAUUGAGUCGCUAUCCGAAUCGAACAAUGAAUCCUUCGUAUGCCGUUUGGUUGUUACUAUGGGAUUGUACCACAUGCUCCAAGGCAAGCUGGGGGUGACAUGGACAAAGUGGUUGGAGCGCGAAUUUACUGACCGGAAGGUCCGUGGAUUGGGCGACCUGGUAGUAUCCCAGCCCUCGUGCUUCCUUCGUGAGGCAUGGCAGCUAGGCACUGAAAGGGUGCUACAGCUGAACGAUUUGUUUACUUAUUUAUUUAAAUCAAGCUGUGAUCGACGACUCAUGCUGAUUUCCGAGUUUGAUCUUCAAAAGCGUUUUUAUCCCUUUACAGCCCAUAUGGGGUCUGGCGAUCAUGCUUGUUCUAAGCCAGUGCUCAUCGGUCCGUCCAUUCUGAACGCAGACCUAUCUCGAUUAGCAGAUGUCUGUACAAACUUGGUCGCAGCUGGUGCGGACUAUCUUCAUUUGGAUGUGAUGGAUGGUCAUUUUGUGCCGAAUAUAACAAUAGGGCAUCCUGUCGUAUCUUCGCUAAAACGUAAUCUACCGAAUUCCACAUUUUUGGAUUUGCACAUGAUGGUUGCCGAACCGGAAAAGUGGAUUGCUGGAAUGAAGGCAGCCGGCGCUUCUCAAUAUACAUUCCAUUACGAAGCAAGUAAUAAUGUUGCCCGUUGUAUUCGACUGAUUAAGGAGGCGGAUAUGAAAGCUCCACCAUGGAUUUCAACCAGUCUGUGUUUGAAGUACCAGGUUGGUCUUGGCAUCAAACCGAAAACGCCGGUCAUCGAGAUUCUUCCGUAUGUGGACUCGGUGGACAUGGUGCUCAUCAUGACCGUUGAACCAGGAUUCGGUGGUCAGAAGUUCAUGGCAGAUAUGCUACCCAAAGUUAAGUUUCUUCGUGAUCAAUAUGCUCAUUUGGAUAUCGCAGUAGACGGUGGAGUUACACAGAAAACAAUCCGCGACUGUGCCGAGGCCGGAGCGAACAUGAUUGUAUCAGGCACAGAGAUCACCAGCAGCGACGACCCCGGAACAGUUAUGCGAUUGAUGAGAUCCACGGCUGCUGAAGUAUUGUUGCGCCGGUUACCAGAAUCAAACUACUGAACAGAGUCCACAUAUCUGCCUCCGGUCUACGGUUUUUUGAACGUUUUUGAGCAGGCAUUCCGAAGGAGACUUCUGGGCAUAGUUUGAAUACAGCUGAGAGCGUUUUUUAGCUCUAAUUUCAUUUUGCAUUCGGAACGACGUAACUAUUCCUUGGAAUUUCGAGAUCGUUAUUUGAUCAUGUUUAACACAUUAGAUAAUCAAUACAUUUUCAUUCCUCCAAC